AUGCCAACAUCCCUGUUUCAUCACGUUUCUCCACGCUGUUGGCCUGCCUGCAACAGAACAACGACGAGCUCAUGCGUGCCAAAGUGGCCAAGAAGAUCAACGGGAAGUUGGAGAAGGGCGUGGUUGAGGACAUCGAGGUCGGACAGAUCUCGCGGGAUCGCCUCUAUCGCAUUCG